AUGAGUGAUAGUGAAGUUGGUAAAGUUGAAUCCAGUUCUGAGAACGAUUUAAAGAGAACUUAUUACCCACCGGCUCCUGAAGGUAUCUCUAAAAGACAAUGGAAAAGACAAUGCAAGAAGCUUGAGCAUGAGCGUACCAAAGAUGAGCAUAAUAAGAUGAAGAGGGAUAAGAGGAAGAAGUCUAGAGAGAACAGGAGGUUACAGAUUCAAAAGAUUGUUGAAAGUGGUAAAGAAAUUCCAGAGGAAUUGAAAAAGGCACCUCGAGUUAAUCAAAAUCAAAAAGAUUCUGGUAUUAAUAUUAUUAUAGAUUGUGCAUUUGAUGAUUUGAUGAAUGAUAAAGAGGUUGCAUCGAUGGACAACCAGAUUACAAGAGCUUAUGGUAGUAAUAAACGUGAAAAUUAUUUUGCCAACAUUAAAAUUACAAGUUUUAAUAAAAGAUUAAAGGAAAGAUUUGACAAACUUGCGUACAAUUCAAGAUAUGACAAUUGGAAAAACUUUGAAUUUAUUGAAAACGAAGAUAUUUUGACUAACAAUGAAGACAAAUCAAAACUAAUCUAUUUGACAGCAGAUACAGAUGAAAAAAUUGAUAAAUUAGAACCAGGUAUAACCUAUAUAGUCGGUGGUAUUGUUGAUAAGAAUAGAUAUAAAAAUUUAUGUUUUGAAAAAGCUCAAAAAUUAGGCAUACCAGCCAAAAGAUUGCCGAUUGACGAGUUCGUUAAAGUAGCAGGAAGAAAGGUCUUGACUACUACA